AUGUCCUCCGACCAGCCGCGGGUCGUCGAGAGCAGACCAUCGGCCUUGACGUCUAACCCGGUACAAGAAGCCGAGGACGAGAAGGACCAUGGCACCAUCGAACGUCCCCUACUGGCUGAUCAAGUCCGGGAUGUCAUCCGCUUAAUCCAAUGUCGAAAAUGCUCACGCCCGCUCCGAGAGCCCGUCACACUUCCCUGCGGCCGGAGCCUUUGCAGAGAAUGCCUGCCCGAAACACAUGCACGAGAAAAUAUAUCUUACCCUGCUACGCCAGGUAGACUACAAGGUUUCGAGUGCCCAUAUAAAGAAUGCGGUCGUAACCAUGCGGUGGGCGACUGUGCUGUCGACGUAAUCCUUACUAAGGCCGUCAACAACUUCAAGGCUGAGAUCGAAAAGGCAAAAGUAAUGAACACAGGUGCCGAAAUAUCCACACAUGUGGUGAUCAGGUUUCCUGAUGCUGUCAAGAGCGAUACGGGUGUAGAUGAUGAAACGACAUCAAGGGUCGUCAAAGGAGGCCCACUUGCUGCUGUUUACGCGCUUGCGGAAACAGGUGAACUGGAUUACAACUCCAACGUCACCUUCGCAGAGGUCUCAUCGCUUGGAGACGAGGCAGCGGCCCUUGACACCAGAGUUUUUUCCAAAGUCAAAGAGUCUGUCAGAACGGAAAUGGAUUGCCAGGUCUGUUACGCCUUGUUCUACGAUCCAUUGACAACGGUCUGCGGCCACACUUUCUGUCGCUCUUGUCUUCACCGGGUCCUGGAUCACUCAUCAUACUGUCCGAUCUGCCGAAGGGGGCUGUCAGUUAGUCCCUUGCUCUACCGAGAGUCAUGUCCCUCGAACGAGCAUCUGAAGACUAUUAUCCACACAUUUUGGGCCGACGCUGUUCUCACGAGAGGCGAUGCUUUGGCUGCUGAGGCACUGAAUCGACAUCGCGAAUUCGAUAUUCCGAUAUUUGUUUGCACUUUGUCGUUUCCUAUGAUGCCAACAUUCCUCCACGUCUUCGAGCCGCGGUAUCGACUUAUGAUUCGGCGGGCACUAGAAGGCGACCGAACUUUUGGCAUGGUUCUUCCACAACGGCCCCGGACCGCCAGCGACACACAUUUCAUGGAGCAUGGAACACUGUUACGGAUUGUUAACGCCGAAUACUUCGCAGAUGGUCGAAGUCUUAUCGAGACAACCGGAAUCUCCCGUUUCAAAAUCACGAGGCACGGCAUCUUGGAUGGAUAUCUGGUAGGGAAAAUUGAAAGAAUCGACGACAUUUCCAUCGCGGAGGAGGAAGAGCUAGAGGCAACUGAAACCCAACAAGCUCUUGAAAGAUAUGAGAGCGCCGCUACUCAUCAGAGCGAGGAAUCUACAGCCACGAGACCAACCAUGACUACUUUGGAAGAUCUGUCGAGCAUGCCGACCAGCGAGCUGUUGGCGUUUGGUGUUUCCUUUGUCGAGAGGAUGCGACAACAAAGUGUACCUUGGCUGGCACAACGAAUGUUGGCAAUAUAUGGAGAAUGCCCAAACGACCCUGCCCUCUUUCCUUGGUGGUUUGCCAGUAUUUUGCCAGCUAAAGAGUAUGAAAAGUACAAACUGCUUGGCACAACAAGCGUUAGAGAGAGACUGAAGAUAUGCUGCGGCUGGGUUCUGGAAUGGGAAUCAAGUAGGUGGUCUCUCUCGGACUGCAGGAUCCUCUGA